AUGACAAUCGCACAAUUAAAAUAUUCGUUUCCAACGUUAUAUUCGGAUGAUCGUAAACAUUUUCGUCGAUUUUUGAUCAAUUGGUUAAACGACCAUUCAUUUCUUGUUUAUUCACCGUAUAUUGAAGGUGGUUAUUGCAUAAAUUGUGUAUUAUUUCGUAACGUACAAGGUCAAAAAUUCAAAUUAUUUGUUGAUAAACCUUGCCAUCAAUACAAGCACUUGAAACAUUUUACUACAUCAUGGAAAAUUCAUAAUAAGUCACAACAAUUUCAUCAGAAUUCAACAAUUGCUGCCGAUAAUUUUAUACGUACAUAUAAAGAUCCAUCGUUAUCAAUUUUAUCGUUAAUUGAUAAAAACAGAAUUGAGAAAAUCAAUCUUAAUAAAGCAAUAUUAGCAUCAAUUAUAAAAAUAAUAAUUACUUGUUCACAUCAAAAUAUUCCUCUCCGUGGCCACAGAGACGAAACUAUAGAUGAUAUAAGGCAAAGAAUAAAUGUAAUUGAUUCUCAUUCUGGUUCAAAUUUUAUUGCAUUAUUAAAACAACAUGUCGAUGCGGGCGAUGAAAUUCUUCAUGAACAUAUUGAACAUGGAUAA